AUGGUAGGUCUAUCUUUGAUAUCGCUAUUCGCAAGCAUUGCCCUCGCAGCACCCGAGAAAAGCCACUGCCGAUGCCGACCACACGAAGCCUGCUGGCCAACCAAUGAACAAUGGUCUAGCCUCAACAGCACCAUCCAAGGGAAUCUAGUAGCAACACGACCCGUCGCCUCAGUCUGCCACGAAGCCGAGUUCGACGAAGCAGCCUGCAAAACCGUCAAAGAGCGAUGGACCGAUUCAUACUGGCGAGCUGCACAGCCCGGCGCUGUGCAAUGGGAGAACUGGGAGGCUUGGCCUGAGCAUCAUCAAAGCUGUUAUAUCGAAUCGGACGAGAGCACGACAUGUGGACAGGGUCGGAUCUCGUUGUAUUCUGCGAAGGUACAGACUGCUUCGCAUAUUCAGAAAGCUGUGGAUUUUGCUCGGACAUAUGACCUUCGUCUUGCGAUUCGGAACUCUGGCCAUGAUUACAUGGGCCGCUCGACGGCGCCGGAGUCUUUGCAGAUUUUUACAAAUGGGAUGAAAGAUAUUACAUUCGUUGAUAAUUUCGUGCCGGCUGGUGCGCCUGGCGGAAAGGGCGAGGGCCAUGCAGUUACCAUGGCCGCUGGUGUUCACUUAUCUGAACUUUAUAAGGCUGCUGGGGAGAAGAAAAGGACUGUACAGGCAGGUGCGUCGCAUACUGUUGGUGCUGCGGGAGGGUAUAUUCAAGCCGGGGGGCAUUCGCCUUUCGGUGCUCGGGGAGGGCUGGCGUCUGAUAAUGCGCUUGAGUUUCAGGUUGUGACAGCAGAUGGCAAACUUGUUGUUGCUAAUGGAUACCAGAACAGUGACCUGUUCUGGGCCUUAAGAGGCGGCGGCGGCGGAACCUUCGGUGUUGUGGUCAAUGUGACUGUUCGAACACUCCCAGAGGUCCCAGUGGUAGUCGUCAAUAUGAAUAUCACGACGGCUGUCGGCGAUUUCCAGUUCUGGAAUGCAGUGAGUGAAUACCAUGGAGAGCUGCCGGGACUGAACGACGCUGGUGGCUCCGGCUAUUAUUUUGGAUACCCAAUUCUGCCAGUCAAUGCUACAGCAGAAGUCUCCGCCAUGACCUCCCUUCUUUUCUUCCCAGAGCACUCGAACACAACCGCCAUCGACAAGCUCUUUGCACCUUUGCACAGAAAAUUGCAGAAGCUCCCUGGUGUAAAGCUCGAGUACACUUCGGUGCCUAUGCCAUCCGUAAGCUCAAUUCUUCAAAACAAAUGGGGAGGAUCAGGAGGCGACUCGACAGGUAGCGUCGGCAUACCCAUGUCCCGUCUCUAUUCCAAGGAGCUGUUGACAUCUAAAGACGGACCGAGUCGACUAGUCAAAGCAUGGAGUGCCCUCAACUAUAAAUCCGGUGACUCAUUCCGCGGCCAUGUAGUGGCAGGAGGAGCUGUCGCAGCCAACGGAGAAAAAGUCGACAGCGCCGUCAACCCGGCAUGGAGAAAGACCGUUACGCACUUGGUGAUUGCGAGAGGCUGGCCCGCCAAUGCCACCAUUGAGCACCAGCAUGCCGUUAUCAGGAACGCGACGGAUAUCGAAAUUCCACUAAUUCGCUCGGUGGAGGGCGAGCAUAAGAUGGGUGCCUAUGGCAAUGAGGCGCAUCCAUAUGAGCCAGGUUUUCAACGGUCGUUCUGGGGAGACAAUUAUCCUCGUUUGUAUAAAAUCAAGCAGAAGUGGGACCCCAAGGGACUGUUCAUUGCUCGGAGAGCGGUGGGUAGUGAGGACUGGGAUGAUGCGGGGUUGUGUUUGAAAUGA